UCAGAGAGGCAGACACACACAGGCGAGACAAAUCUCUGCUUUUUCUCUGAAAAACUAUUCAAACUGACUUCAUCAGGUUUUUCUCAACAACACAGCAGAGUCUCUUCAAAACACUGUACCUGUGUAGAUAUGGCUGCUGCAAACUAUCACUCAUCUGAAGAUCAGUUUCUGUGCUCCAUCUGUCUGGAUGUGUUCACUGAUCCAGUCACCAUACCAUGUGGACACAACUUCUGCAAACAUUGCAUCAAUGAACACUGGAAUACUAGUGACCAGAACCUGUGUCCAAUGUGUAAAAAGGUUUUCAUCUCAAGACCCGAACUGCACGUCAACACUUUCAUCUCUGAGAUGGUUGUUCAGUUCAGACAGUCAGCUCAACAGAAAACCAGCAGCAGCAGCUCAGAGCAUCAAGAGUCCAAACCAGGAGAAGUUCCCUGUGACGUCUGCACUGGAACCAAACUGAAUUCCCUGAAGUCCUGCCUGGUGUGUCUGGCCUCCUACUGUGAGACUCACCUGGAGCCUCAUCUGACAAUGACAGGCCUGAAGAGACAUCAGCUGAUCGACCCUGUGGAGAACCUUGAAGCCAGGAUGUGUACGAAGCACGAUAAACCUCUGGAGCUGUUCUGUAAGACCGACCAGACAUGUGUCUGCAUGCUCUGCAGUGUUUUAGACCACAAGAUGCACGAGUUUGUUCCUCUGAAAGAAGAAUAUGAAGGAAAGAAGGUCAAAUUGGAGAAAACAGAGGCUGAAAUUCAGCAGAUGAUCCAGAAGAGACGACUGAAGAUUCAAGAUAUCAAACACUCAGUCGACCUCAGUGAAGAAGAUGCAGAAAGAAAGAUAGCAGAAGGUGUUCAGGUCUUCACUGCUCUGAAGGAGUCUGUUGAGAGAAGCCAGGCCAAUCUCAUCGACACGAUCAAAGCGAAGCACAAAACAAAAGAAAACCAGGCCGAAGCUUUCAUCAGAGAGCUGGAACAGGAAAUCUCUGAGCUGAUGAAGAAAAGCAAUGAGGUGAAGCAGCUCGCCCACACUGAAGACCACCUCCACCUUCUCCAGAGUGUACAGACCUUAGACAUCCACCACCCACCACCCAGCAAGGACUGGACAAAGGUCAGCAUCCGUUCAUCAUAUGAGCCGACUGUGGUGAACGCUGUGUCUCAGCUGGAGGAGACACUCAGUAAAAAGAUAAAGACCCUGGUUGAAGCUGAGCUGAAGAGGGUCCAGAAGUAUGAAGUGGAUGUGACUUUCAAUCCUGAUACAGCUCAUUCCAUUCUCGUCCUGUCUGAUGAUCGAAAACAAGUACGUUGUGGUAAAGUACAGCAAUUUCCCCCAGAUAAUCCACAGAGAUUUUCUACUAAUCCCGGUGUUUUAGGAAAACAGAAUAUCUCUUCAGAAAAAUUGUACUACGAGGUUCAAGUUAAAAGAAAGUCUGAUUGGGAUUUAGGAGUGGUCAGAGAGUCAAAUAACAGGAAAGGAGAAAUCACACUGAGCCCUCAGUAUGGUUACUGGACUAUAUGGUUGAGAGAGGGAAAUGAGUACAAAGCUCUUGCUGGCCCUUCAGUUCUUCUCUCUCUAAAGUCUCGGCCUCAGAAGGUGGGGGUGUUUGUGGAUUACGAGGAGGGUCUGGUCUCCUUUUAUGACGUAGAUGCUGCAGCUCUUAUCUACUCCUUCACUGACUGCUCCUUCAAUGAGAAACUCAUCCCUUACUUCAGUCCCUCUCUUUAUUAUGGUGGUAAAAACUCUGCACCUCUGAUCAUCACUCCUGUCGUAGUAAACUAAUCACUUAUCCCACUUCAUUCAAGGGAACAUAUUCAGCCUCAACACCGUAUAGUCUACAUCUUAUCUUCUACAGAACCUGGUAGCUGUAAGGAUGCACAGAUACAGAUACAGAUACCAGUUUGGAAACUGUGCUCAUGUACUCGGUACAUGCAGCCACUUUCCCUGUAAGUCUCCUCCACAUCGAUAACUUCAGCAGUGAGGUUCUCAGCUGUGUGUCUGUCUGGCAUAUUCUGUCAGAGUUUCCACCAGUGUAUUGCAAUAUUGUAUACAUAACAGUUUAACUGAUUGCAUACAUUAGUCAAAAUUGUUAUUAUCAUUGUAAUUAUUAACAUCCCUACUGCAAACUAUGCUAAGUUGAAUGUUAAAAUGUAAAAUGAAGCAUGUUUUAAAAGUCAUUGCUUGCUCUGAAAUUGUAUUAUUUAGUGCUAAUAUCAGUACUCGGUAUCGGGAAGUGACCAAAUGUACUUGUUGAAAAAAAAAAAGCGUAUCGGUGCAUACCAAAUUUACUGUUAAGGAUUUUCAUUAUAUGUAUCCCUUUACAUAGGCAACACGUUUAUCUUAUACCUUCAUCUUUACAACCCUGUAUCAUGAUUUACGUAAUCCUUUAAAUCCACUGACAUUUAUUUUCACUUCCAGAAGAAAUCAUUAUUUCUAAUGACACCAAAUAUGUCAAGGUGCAGUUUGUGUAUAUUUCCAAAGAAUUAAAAUAAAUACAGCAAAAAAAUCUUAUUCUUAUAUUAUAUAUUAUAUUCUGUCUGAUGUGCAGCUGCAGAAAACAUAUUGUUGAAUAUUUCAUGGUCAUAAAGUUUCAUUUAAGAGUAAGGAUUAUUACAUGUGUUUAGUUUCUACAGAAUACAGUAUGUCUCAUUAUAAUACAGGACAUAAAAAGUUUAUCUACAAAGUUAAGAAGAAUAGAUGCCAAUAGAAUGUUUUAAUUGGUUUGAAAAGUGGUUUGAUUGAUUACUGGUCACUUUGGCCAUUUGUUGUUUGUUAUUUUUGGAUAAUAGUUGAGUGGCUUAUGAGUCAAAUAAAUCUGUAAAUAUAUGAUUGUUGAACACGAGGGCUGAAUAAGAAGUGACUUGUGCAUUAACCUAUGACCUUGUAUUUCAUUAAAAAUGCAUUGUGAUUCCCGUGACUGCUGCUUCACAAUAAAAGCUUCUUGUUCAAGA